AUGACGAACAACACAACAGAAAACAUCAGCGAAUCGAGUGCCUCGGUAAUUGCAGUUGCAUAUUAUGCCUUCAGUUUAAUAAUUUUGGGAACAGUGCUCAAUCUUCUAACAUAUGUUGUCCUCUGUCGACCAAAAUUUAAAGACACAGACGAACAACCGACACUGUACUAUAUUCGUACAGUUGCUAUUUUUGAUGUUCUCAUGUUAUAUGGAUGGAAUUUUGAUCAUUAUACAUUGACUAUACAUGGGUUCCAGCUUCCAACAUACGCGAUUGCUUCAUGCAAAUAUGCUCAGUUUCUUAACUAUUUUACUGCUCAAAUAUCGGCUUGGUUGCGCGUAUUUAUCUGUCUCGAUCGAUAUUUGUCAUUGAGUCGUCUUCACCGAACAUGGUUUGGCCGUCCUAAAAGUGUUCUCAUUAUUAUUACAUGUAUUAUCAGUUUCUUCACUUUAUUUAACUUGCAUCUUAUUAUAUUUGGCUGCUUUUAUGAUGCAACUGGAUCGCUCAAUGCUAAUUCUCGCUUGUAUACCAUCUAUCCUAUGUGGGAUUUUGUUAAUUUAGCCAUGUACAAUUGUUUACCGUUCCUGCUCAUGGUACUGUUCAAUAGUGGUGUUAUCUAUCAUUUGAUGCGUCUGCGUCGUACGAGUACGAUUCAAAAUUCACGUAUUCGACAUCGAGCCAUAACAAUAACACUUGUUGUCACAACAUUUCUUUUUUUGAUCAUGACCAUACCGGCUACUGUUGCCUUUGGGUUUUUCGGAAAUACAGCAGGCGAUAUUGUUCUGUAUACUUUGGAUUCAAUACUCUACACGUACCACAUAUUGUCAUUUCCACUUUAUAUGAUUACAUUUACCGAAUUUCGACGGGAAUUCAUCAAAAUGAUAACAUGCAACUACUAUGGUCGAAGAAUAGCACCGCAGCCUGCUACUACAACACACCAAUUAACACGAACAUAA